AUGGAAGAAAUUCCUCACUUCCAACAGGCAAAUACGGUGCAACACAAUGACAUUUGUGACAUGGGAGAUCUCUUCUACGAGAUUGUGACGAAUGACGGAUCUGUCCUCGUUGUUGGUUCUACGGGCAACCUUGGCGUCUCCGCCGUGAUUGGUGCCUUACGCUCUCAACGCGCCGUCCUCGCUAUCGUGCGCAACGAAGCCUCUGCUGAAAAGCUGUACAAGCAUGUCGGGACUCGAGAAGGAAUCACCACCGUUGAGACCGACAUCACGUUAGAUUACGGAGUUCAAAGUGUUGUAGACCAGGUCAAGGCCGGCAAAUUGUCAGCAUUUCAACACGUUUAUUCCGCAGGUAUGGUCCAUGUGGCAGUUGAACAUUUUCUCGGAAGCCAUGCUAAUCCAAUGUGGCAUGCUGCCACAAUGAAGAAACGAAUGGGAAAUGAGGCAUUGUUGGAGACAAAAUUUGACAAGUCCGGCGGCGGAGAUCUGAAAGAGGGUUACACUAUUGGCGAAGACAUUAAUGAGCCGGAAGAACUUCUACGAUUCGUCUCAAUAUCCCUGGAUAUGGAGGAAGACUUCUUCAACAAGCUGACGGAGUUUCCUAUGGCUGCGCUUCGUCCGCUGCAUUAUCCUCCUCAGGAGCUUACUUCGGAGGGGACCGUCAUUGAAACCAUUCCGACUUGCAUCACCGCCGAGCGACCUGCACAGUAUGAGCCCAUGCCAGUUUUGAAUUGGCAGACGAAGAAAAAGUUGUUGAUGGCUCAGCAAAAGCAAGCCACUGCUACUAGCAACAAUGAGUAUCGAAUAAUGGACCAAUUAGAUGAAAACACUUGUAAUAACGAGGGGCUUGAAAUCUUCAAAGCUGAGGGCAUUCCUCUUAGUAAAUUGGGUGCAAAUUUGACAAUUACACAGAACUAUCUGAAUCAUCAAGAAUUUGCAAUUCAUUCUCAACCAAGUAACGCAGGAACACGCAACUCUUGCUUAAGACGUGGCAAGCCGGAGGAGUGCACAUACAGCUCCUCGGAACAAGAGCGUAAAUAUGCAGUCGAUUAUAGGCCACAUUAUGGAAGCCAACAUGCCCGUGAGAGAGUCGCUCACCUUGAGAAGCUUCUGACCGAGAUGAGAGACCAAAUGAGGGUUAUGGAGCGGAGUUCCCUCGAGGUUUCGGGUAUUCUAGCAUCAUCACCCGAGCCUUUUCACGACUCUGAAUCACGGCUUGCUCCUCGGAACGGCCAUGUAGCGGACACUGUGGGGAAACUAACCGUCACCGAUGACCAUGCCGUCUAUAUCGGCAGCACGCACUGGGUCACCAUCUUAGAGGAGAUCCAAAUUCUCAAAGAUGAACUGUCUGAUGACCACUCGGAAGCCGUCAGAAGUCGAGAGUCGACUGUAUUCGAUGCCCCUUCAACAGACGAGCCCCCAGCAACCAGGAUAUCGCUUCUCUCGAGUCACCCUUCUCUUACAAAAGAGCAUAUCCUGGCCAUGAUGCCUCCGCGUAGGGUAGUUGAUAGACAUGUUUCUCACUUCUUCAAUGCUUUUGACUUUGCCUCCUGCAUUCUUUAUCGGAGGAAAUUCCUCACAGAGUAUUCAAACUUCUGGGAGAAUCCUUCGGCUGCUCCCAUCAUGUGGGUAGGACUCUUGUUCAGUGUGAUGGGCAUUUCCGCAUUCGUCCAACAGCAAGAUGUUGCAACUCGUGGCCUAUAUGCUGCGGAGACACAGGAGAUGAUUGAGACCUAUCGAACUCUUACUAUCCACUGUCUGGUCGCUGGAGAUUAUCUGCGACCGAACCGAUACACCAUCGAAACACUGACCUUGCAUUUUGCCGUUGACCAAAACAUGAAUCUCAAUACAGAUACUGGCAACUGGAUUCUAAUCGGUGUAAUCAUUCGGCUUGCUUUGCGUAUAGGGCUGCACCGUGAUCCAUCCCACUGGCCAAAUGUUCGACCCCUAGAAGCAGAAUUCCGACGGCGGCUCUGGAUUACACUAUAUCAUAUGGAUUUCUUCACGAGCGCCCGAGUUGGGCUGCCACGUAUCAUCAAGGACUCUCAGUGUGAUACACGCCCACCGGUAAAUUUAUUCGAGGAUGAUCUGAGCUUCGAACAUAAUGAAGUACCGCCUGAGCGGCCAUUAACCAGUCCUUCUCCACUCUCACAUAUUAUCCAGCGACAUACAAUCAUCAAGGUAGCAGCAGAGAUAUAUGACGCGACUGAAGCAAGGCUGCCAUCAUCCGCCACUAUUGCUAUGCUAGAUGCCAAAUUUGAAAGAGCCAUCAACUCCAUACCCGAACAGUCGAAGUAUCGAUCGCUUGAAACAUCAAUUGCGGAUAACCCUACUAUGAUCCUACACAGAAUGUUUAUGGACAUUCUUAUAAACAAGGCCGUUUAUCUCCUUCACCGACGGAGCUUCAUGAAAGGCUCCGCGGAAGAAGAAACCACGAGGUCUAGAAAGCUGUGCAUCAAUGCUGCCUUAAUGAUUCUGGAACAUCAACGAAAAAUGAGCGAGGAGACUCAGCCGGGAGGCAUUAUGUUUGGUGUCCGCUGGCGUGUUGCUUCAUCACUUAACCAUGAGUUUCUACAAGCUACGAUGAUGCUAUGUUUUGCUCUGAGUCGAUUCCAUGAGGGUCACGUUGGUCAGCCUCAAUCUGGCACUUUCCAUCGGCGAGGUGAAAUUUUAGAGGCAUUAACCAUUGCAAAAUCUCUGUGGGAAAAGGAUGCCGAUCGGUCUGCAGAGGCGCACAGGGCAGCAAAGGCUAUCACCUCCGUGCUCAAGCAGGAUUUCGACAGGUCAAGCUCGCCUAUUUUGAUUCCUUCAGAUGGGGCAGAGAAUACGCAAAUGCGCGAGCAGCCCGCUACUAUUGAUCACCCGACUGGGUUUUGUGAACAGGGUUAUCUUGAUGGUUUUGACUCUGAGCAGAUUAUGAUUUCGGAUCCUCCAUUCUCUGCAAUUGAUGACACGGUGACAUUUGGGAGCUUGUGGGAGGACUUCGUAGCUGAGCCUGUAGAGGGGAAUUGGGCGGGGAUGUAUUGA